AUGUCUAUUUACGCCUCUACUUGCCUUCGGGAGCUAUGGAAGGCUCUGACACUCAUGGUGCUGGGCCUGAAAGAAGAUGGUUCGAUCUUCAAACGUGACAACUCAUCAUCAGAGAACGUGAUAGCUCGCGGUACGAGGAGUUGUCCGAUCAUACUCGCCACCAUCUCAGGAGUGGCGGGGGAUUUGGUGGAAAUCGAGAUUGGAGUGGUGUCAGGAGUUGCCUUUGCAUCAACAUUAUCAGGACCUGACUGGCCACAACAACAUCAAGCCCGACUCGAUGAGAGUGAAGAUGAAACGGAAAGUGAAGAGGAAGAGAGUGAUGAAGAAGGCAGAGAUGAGAUAGAUGAAGAAAGCGAGAAAGAGGAAGAGCAGGAAGAGGAAGAAGAGGAGACCCAAGACACUGAUAAGGGCUCUCCUCCUGCUACACAUGGGCGUGACAGUGAUCAGGCUACUUUGGAAGCCCGUUUGGCUCAGAUCGAGGAGGGCCAGGACAAGGGUGCUCCUCCACCAUCGUUUGAUUCAGACAACUAG